AUGGCUUCCCAGAAAACCCACCAGUCUCAUCCUUCUCUUCACUUUGUUCUCUUCCCUUUCAUGGCUCAGGGCCACAUGAUUCCCAUGGUUGAUAUCGCAAGGCUAUUGGCUCAGCGUGGUGUGACCAUAACAAUUGUCACAACGCCUCACAACGCAGGGAGGUUCAAGAAUGUCUUAAACCGUGCCAUCGAGUCUGGUUUGGCCAUCAACCUCGUGCAUGUGAAGUUGCCAUAUCAAGAAGUUGGGUUGCCAAAAGGAAAAGAGAAUAUUGAUUCUCUUGACUCAAUGGAGUUGAUGGUACCUUUCUUUAAAGCGGUCAACAUGCUCGAAGAACCAGUCUUGAAGCUCAUGGAAGAGAUGAAACCUCGGCCAAGCUGUCUAAUUUCUGAUUUGUGUUUGCCUUAUACUAGCAAAAUCGCCAAAAGGUUCAAUAUACCAAAAAUCAUUUUUCAUGGAACGGGUUGCUUUUAUCUUUUGUGUAUGCAUAUUCUGCGCAAAAACCUCGAUAUCUUGCAGAAUUUGAAGACGGACAAAGAGUAUUUCGUGGUUCCUGGUAUUCUUGAUAGAGUUGAAUUUACAAAGCCUCAAAUUCCCGUGGAAACAAAUGCAAGUGGAGAUUGGAAAGAGUUCUUGGACGAAUUGGUAGAAGCAGAAAACACAUCUUAUGGUGUAAUCGCCAACACAUUUCAGGAGUUGGAGCCUGCUUAUGUCAAAGAGUACAAAGAGGCAAGGCUUGGGAAAGUGUGGUCUAUAGGACCCGUUUCCUUGUGCAACAAGGUAGGAACAGACAAAGCUGAGAGGGGAAGCAAGGCGGCCAUUGAUCAAGAUGAGUGUAUUAGAUGGCUUGAUCAUAAAGAAGAAGGGUCGGUGCUAUAUGUUUGCUUUGGAAGUAUCUGCAAUCUUCCUCUGUCUCAGCUCAAGGAGCUUGGGCUAGGCCUUGAAAAAUCUCAAAGACCUUUUAUUUGGGUCAUAAGAGGUUGGGAAACGUAUGAUGAGCUCUCAAAGUGGAUCUUGGAGAGCGGUUUUGAAGAAAGGGUCCAAGAGAGAGGGCUUCUCAUAAGAGGAUGGUCGCCUCAAGUACUUAUCCUUUCACAUCCCUCUGUUGGAGGAUUCUUAACACAUUGUGGAUGGAACUCGACUCUAGAAGGAAUCACCUCAACUGUUCCACUUCUCACUUGGCCGUUGUUUGGAGACCAGUUCUGCAACCAGAAAUUGGUUGUGCAGUUUUUAAAAGUCGGUGUAAGUGUUGGGGUUGAAGAGGUCAUGAAAUGGGGAGAAGAGGAGAAGAUAGGAGUGUUGGUGGAUAGUGAAGGAGUGAAGAUGACAGUUGAAGAAUUGAUGGGUGAUACUGAUGAUGCUAAGAAGAGAAGAACAAAAGCCAAAGAGCUUGGAGAAAUAGCUCACAAGGCUGUGGAGGAAGGAGGCUCUUCUCAUUCUAACAUCACAUUCCUCUUAAAAGACAUAAUGGAACAAGCUCAAUCCAAAAAUUGA